AUGGUUCGUCAUAAAAUCCAGCUCGGGCGCCACGGCUCCCCCAGAUCUCUUCGCCAUGGCGUGGGUGCUGCUGCAGAUGUUUUCAUUCCGGGAAAAGCAGAUAAUGAGUCACCUUCAAAGCCAUUUUCCCUUCGUCAGGCAGUGGCGGCGGCCGCGGUGUUGUGCCUGGCGCUCCCACUGCCCCCUACGAACGCGUUGCCAGCGGUGCACAGGAGCCACGCCCUUCCCUCGCGCCUCCAGAACGCCUCGCGAGUCGCCCUCCCUCCGCCCUCGCCCUUGCGUCACGCGAGAUCGUCACACUCCCUCCGCAGCGCCCCGCCGGCCCCCUCGUCGCUCCUGUAUUUCGCCCCGUCACUCUCGACGGCGCUCGACUCGCAGGAUGGCUCGUCGGGGCGAUACGACCCCCCGCUGACCAAACGCAAAGCGCAUGCGGGGCCGCCCAUGUUCCCGAGCCCUAUGUAUUCGCCGUGGAAGCCCCUGCCGAACCCCUACCGGCCGCGGACUACGAGGGCGCCACACACGGUAGCCCCUGCAGGAUCCCCGUCACCAGCAUAUGGCAAGAAAAGUCCACCACAGUCCUACGGGAUACCACUAAGGACUCCCUCACCGUCGUAUGCGGGACCACCGAAGACUCCUUCGCCCUCUUAUAUAGUACCACCAGAGUCUCCUUCUCGGCCCUACAAGGUACCGUCAAGUACUCCCACUCCACCUCAUAAGGUACCCCCUUCCCCUGCCUAUAAGGUACCACCAGGCACUCCAUCACCGCUUUAUAAGGUACCAUCAGAGAGUCCUCCUUCACCAUACUUACCGCCAUCAUCGUACAAGGUACCGCCAACGUCUCCAGCUCCAACGUAUAAGAUACCACCCAAUACCCCAUCACCGUUGUGUAUGGGACCACCAAACACUCCCUCUCCUUCCUAUAAGGUACCAUCCAGUACUCCAUCAGCGCUUUAUAAAGUACCAACAAGGACCCCAUCACCUGCAUACAAGGUACCACCCAAAUCUACUUCACCGUCUUAUAAGGUACCUUCAAGCACUCCAUCUCCAUUUUACAAGGUACCCCCUUCCCCGUCUUAUAAGGUACCAUCAAGGACUCCAUCAUCGCUGUAUAAGGUACCAACAAGUACUCCAUCAUCCCUAUAUAAGAUACCAAAGCCUCCAUCACCAUCUUAUAAGGUACCAUCAAGUACUCCAACCUCAGUAUACAAGGUACCAACAAAGCCUCCAUCGUCGUCCUAUAAGGUACCAAGUACCCCAUCGUCCCUAUAUAAGGUACCACCAAAGACUCCUUCUCCUUCCUAUAAGGUACCAUCUAAUACUCCCUCAUCGUUAUAUGAGGUACCAACAAGGGCUCCAUCGCCUGCAUACAAGGUACCGCCAAAGUCUCCUUCCAUAUCUUAUAAGGUACCAUCGAGUACUCCGUCAUCGCCGUCUAAGAUACCACCGAAGCCUCCUUCUUCAUAUGAAGUACCAUCGUCGCUAUAUAAGGUACCAACAGAGUCUCCAUCGCCGUCCUACGAGGUACCAUCAAGUACCCCUUCGUCACUAUAUAAGGUGCCACCAAAGACUCCUUCUCCUUCCUAUAAAGUACCAUCUAACACUCCCUCAUCGCUAUAUGAGGUACCAACAAAGAUACCACCAACUUCUCCAUCAUAUAAGGUACCCCAGCAUACCCCUUCUCCUUCCUAUAAGGUACCGUCACCGCUGCAUAGGGUACCAUCGAAACUCCCUUCUUUGUCGUACAGAGUACCAUCUGGCACUCCACCUCCAUCUUACAAGGUACCGCCUCCCUCGUCUUAUAAGGUACCAUCGCGUACUCCAUCGUCCCGAUAUAAGGUACCACCAAAGACUCCUUCUCCUUCCUAUAAGGUACCUUCAAGCACUCCAUCUCCAUCUUUACAAGGUACCCUUUCCCCGUCUUAUAAGGUACUCAAUCAUAUUAUAGUACCCAUCUCCCAUAUACCAAAGCCUCCAUCACCAUCUUAUAAGGUACCAUCAAGUACUCCAGCCUCAGUAUACAAGGUACCAACAAAGCCUCCUUCGUCGUCCUAUAAGGUACCAAGUACCCCAUCGUCCCUAUUUAAGGUACCACCAAAGACUCCUUCUCCUUCCUAUAAGGUACCAUAUAAUACUUCACCAUCGCCGUCUAAGAUACCACCGAAGCCUCCUUCUUCAUAUGAAGUACCAUCGUCGCUAUAUAAGGUACCAACAGAGUCUCCAUCGCCGUCCUACGAGGUACCAUCAAGUACCCCUUCGUCACUAUAUAAGGUACCACCAAAGACUCCUUCUCCUUCCUAUAAGGUACCAUCUAAUACUCCCUCAUCGCUAUAUGAAGUACCAACAAAGAUACCACCAACUACUCUAUCAUAUAAGGUACCCCAGCAUACCCCUUCUCCUUCCUAUAAGGUACCGUCACCGCUGCAUAGGGUACCAUCGAAACUGCCUUCUUUGUCGUACAGAGUACCAUCUGGCACUCCACCUCCAUCUCACAAGGUACCGCCUCCUUCGUCUUAUAAGGUACCAUCGCGUACUCCAUCGUCCCUAUAUAAGGUACCACCAAAGACUCCUUCUCCUUCCUAUAAGGUACCAUCCAGUACUCCAUCAGCGCUUUAUAAGGUACCAACAACGACUCCCUCGUCUAAAUACAAGGUACCACCAAUGUCUGCUUCAUUGUCUUAUAAGGUACCUUCAAGCACUCCAUCUCCAUCUUACAAGGUACCCCCUUCCCCGUCUUAUAAGGUACCAUCGAGUACUCCAUCAUAUAAGGUACCAACAAAGCCUCCAUCGCCAGUAUAUGAAGUACCACCACCGAAGACUCUUUCCCUAUCUUAUAAGGUACCAUCAAGUACCCCAUCCUCACUGUACAAGGUACCACCGAAGUCUCCUCCUUUGUAUGAGGUACCAUCUAGAACUCCAUCAUCGCUAUAUAAAGUACCAACUAGGCCUCCAUCAACGUUAUAUAAGGUACCAACAAAAACUCCAUCGCCAUCAUACCAGGUACCACUAAAGUCUUCUUCUCCGUCCUAUAAAGUACCAACAAGUACCCCAACCUCACUGUACAAGGUACCGACGAAGCCUCCUUCUCCUUCCUAUAAAGUACCAACUAGGCCUCCAUCAACGUUAUAUAAGGUACCAACAAGUACCCCAACUUCACUGUACAAGGUACCAACGAAGUCUCCUUCUCUUUCCUAUAAGAUACCAUCAAGUACCCCAACCUCCCUGUACAAGGUACCAACGAAACCUCCUUCGUCCUAUAAAGUACCAUCAAGUACCCCAACUUCCCUGUACAAGGUACCAACGAAACCUCCUUCUCCUUCCUAUAAAGUACCAAAAACCCCAACCUCACUGUACACAAUACCACGAAAACCUCCCACGCAGCUCUAUUCCACCCCAUCACCCCAGCUCCCAGACAGACGGAAACCUCCACCGAAGCUCUACCGGGCGCCUUCGAAGCCUCCUGCUCCUCCCCCCCUGUACGACCCCCCGACCCCCUCCUCGCCGCACCCGUCGGAUGACCUUCCACGCGCGCAGGUCGGGUCAUCCGAUUCCAGAGCCGCUCCUUCUUCGCACGUAAGCCAAGGGGGGAACAGGGGGGACUUGUUUAAGGGUCGUGGAGGCUCCUGCUUUACUUCUUUGCUCGCUCUGGUGUGUGAUGCACGUGUUAUAUAA